UAUGACAAGUCCUGCACAGCGCCCCCUACUUCCUUUUCGCUGAACGUGUCAGCCAUGGCGCCGAUUAAGAAGCAUGUGAUGGUCAAAAAGACCGGUGGCAAGAGGAAGAAGCAGGUCUUAAAGUUCACGCUGGACUGCACGCAUCCGGUGGAGGAUGGCAUCAUGGACGCUGCCAACUUUGAGCGAUUCUUGCACGAGCGCAUCAAAGUCAACGGCAAAGCGGGAAGCCUUGGCGGCGGCGUGGUGUCCAUCGAGAGGAGCAAGAGUAAAAUUGCCGUCAACUCGGAAGUUCCCUUUUCUAAGAGGUACCUCAAAUAUCUGACCAAGAAGUACCUGAAGAAGAACAACCUGCGGGACUGGUUGCGUGUGGUGGCCAACACCAAGGAGAGCUACGAGUUGCGCUACUUCCAGAUCAACCAAGACGAAGAGGAGGAAGAGGAGGACUAAAGCUGACGACAUUUUUAAUAAAACAUCCCAAAGGUGGAAGCGUAA